AUGUCAAGCAUCAAUACCAGCAGUUUCACCAACCAAGUUGAAGAAAGCGACGAGGAAGAGGUUGAGUACAAGGAGUGCCGUCGCAACCAUGCAGUGGCCAUUGGAGGAGCUUGCUAUGACGGGUGCAGUGAGUAUAUGAAACCAAACGCCGAGCGAAACUCUCAGGACAGUUUCCUCUGUGCAUGUUGCGGUUGUCACCGCAACUUUCACCGCAAGCACAAUCCCGUGCAGGAAAGUGAAACAGAAAAUGAUUAUCUUCUUGAUGUAGUUCCUUUUUCCGGGACGUUUCACCCAGCAAGGGCUACCGACAACAACAACAACCCAGAGCCACUGCAGCAAGUAAGGCCACUGAGGAGGAAGAGGACCGUCUUCUCGGUGGAGCAGAAGAACCAAAUGAGAAGGUUUGCUGAUAUUUUGGGCUGGAAACCUCACAAGGGUAACAGAGAGGAGAUUCAACGUUUCUGCACUGACAUGGGCAUAAGCCGCAAGAUCUUCGUGGUCUGGCUCAACAACAAUCGUCACCGUGCAGCUCAAAACUCCUCCCAGACAAGUCUUCCAUCAAGCACUUGA